AUGGAGCAGGAGCUGAAGCUGGCCUUGAUUCCUCGGAGUGCGUUUUCCUGCUCCACCUUUCCUUCUCUCUCUCCCUGGCCACUUUCCUGCCUUUUGCUUUGCUCGAACUAGACCAGACUUGUGCUUACUCUGGCUCGGGCUCGACGCCGGGCUCUUCAGUGACGCUCGGAUCGGCAAGUAGCACGAAUGUUGCACCUGCUCCGCAUGCUCAUCGCAUUCAUGGCUGA